CUUGAGGGAAGCUCCCUCUCCUUCUUCUCCUCAUUUCCUCUCUUUAACUGUCUUCUCUCCUUUAUACACAAGCCAUUGAAAUUAAGCGCACCUCACAAGCCCUCAUGUCUCUGAACGAAGCCUGGCAGGCAGCUUCUGCAAGCCCGUAUACUCCUCCGGUCUCUAAGGACAACCAGUUCCUUGUCGGCUUCAGUCUACUACUUGCUGCUUUCAUCCUCACUGGACUUUUCGGGUUGAAUCGUUCCUUCCUCAGCAUCGCUUCCUUCGGAGUCCCGGCAUCUUUGGCGUUUGGCUUCGGAGCCGUAUUCAUGAUCUGUGCCGUUGGGGUCUACGUUUAAAAAAUUCCAGUUGUUUCCCAGAUACCCAUGUACCAUACACUGGAGAGUUUGAAACGAAGCAAAUCGUUACCUUUAUAAUCACCAGAGUUCUCUUCGCACUCCAGCUCUCUAUCU